GCACUAGGCCGGUAUGCUGGGAAUUCAAGAUGGCUGCGCCCAUGAUAAAUGGGAACCGCUGAGGUUUAUUUUCUUCUAAAAAACGUGAAAUUUUCGCGUACGAAUAAUUAAAGUAGGUUGUACCAUUCAUGGAUACUGAGCAGAGAGUAGAAAAUCGAGUGACUUCCCCGGACUGAAGAUGCAGCUCAUCUCCCCCAACCUGUACCUCGGUAACCGUGACGACGCUCAGGACGUCGAGAGCCUCCAGUCCGCCAGAAUCUCGCACGUCCUGACCGUGGACAGCGAGGAACUGAACCUGGGCGCAGACUCCGGGACCUUCGAGCGAAAGUUUGUGCGCGCGUUGGACGAGUGGAGCACAGACCUGCUGAGUAGGUUUGACGAAUGCAGCAGCUUCAUUCAGAAGGGCCGGCAGGAGGGAGCAGUGCUGGUACACUGUCUACAGGGAGUGUCCCGCAGUGCGGCCGUCAUCGCGGCUCACCUGAUGCAGGUGGAGCGCUGGUCAUGUGACCAGGCCCUACAGCACAUCCGCCAGGUCAAGGCAGACAUAAGACCCAACGAUGGGUUCAUGUCCCAGCUGAUGCUGUACGAGUCGAUGGGCUGCCGUGUGGACCAGAGCCGCAUCGAGUUCAAACAGUACCGACUGGAGCACCUGGCACAGCAGUUUCAUGAGCAAGGUCAGGUGGAAUCCUCCACGUUUGCGUCGGACCCUCACGAGCGCCCAGACUCUACAGGGAACGUCUCCAACACAGCUCUGUUCAGGUGUAGGAAAUGCAGGAGGAGCCUGUUUCGUUCGGACAGCAUCAUGGAGCACGACACGGGCAGCGGACAGACGUGUUUCUCCUGGUACAAGCGCGGCGGCGCGGGGGACGGAGGCGGCUCCAGUGUACAGUGUUCCUCCAUCUUUGUUGUGCCGGUCACCUGGAUGGCAGAGUCGCUCGCCGGGGUUGUGCAAGGAAAGCUGCUGUGUCCAAAAUGCAACGGUCGUCUGGGUUCAUUCAACUGGGCAGGGGAGCAGUGUUCGUGUGGCGCAUGGAUCACACCAUCCAUCCAACUCCAUAAAAACCGCAUUGAUGAGGUGCGAAACCUCGGCCCCAACUCUCCUGUCAAAGUGUGCAGGUAGAUGUCACAAAAACUGUUCUUAAACAACAAACAAGAGACACGGUGUUGUACAAAUGUGAUAAUGUGGCACCGGACAAUUGCGAGAUGUUACAAGACAGUAAGUACAGCUUUUGACACAGACUGAGCCACAGUAUUGUACAGAUGUUUACAGUUACUGUCGCACUGGAUUCGUGCAAGAUGUCAAAAGGACAGUUCUUUGACAAACAAAUGAGACCAGCAUUGUACAGAUGUGCUCAUGUCCCACCAGAUGUUGAGAUGUCACAAGAAACGUUACAGCUCUUAACAUAGGACACAGCGUAGUAGAGAUGUUUGCAGUUACUGUGGCACUGGACUCGUGUGAGAUGUCACAAG